AUGUCUGCGAUCGGCUUGUCGACCAUAACAUCGGAUCCUGAAGUAGCCAUGUUUCACAGCGCUGAGCCGCUGCACACUCAUCGUCAUUGCAAAAGCUGUGGGCAGAUGCGCCGCUGCAUAGGCGGAGACUUCAAGCGAUGCGGUGGAUGUCAUAUGGCCACUUACUGCUCGAAGGAAUGUCAAGUCCACCACUGGAAAACUCACAAGGACACCGAGUACCACCACACCUCGCUCAUUAACGCCGCCCUCGCUGCAUACCUGCACAAGGGCGGUGGACAAGGGUUCUCAGGUCUCGACAAGGACCGCGUGAUGUGGCUCAAGCUGGAGUACCUCUCUGACCCGGCGCUCCCCUUCCAGAAAAAAUUCAAGCCGCGUGGGACGCAGCUCGUGCACAGGGACGAGAGCUGUGAUCCUUUCCUCAAGACGAUAUUUGCAGCGCGACCGCCCGCGGUGGAUAUAGGCAAGGUCGAUCUAGAGUACAUCCCGGACACGUCCCUCCCCUACCAGAAGAAGUUCAAGCCUCGCGGGUCGCAGCUCAUGCACAAGGACGACCCAAAGGAGUCCGUCAUACUCCCCUCCAUCUUCUCCGCGCGCGAGACAGUCGUAGAUAUUGGCAAGGUCGAGUACGGGACGCAGUACGCGGCUACCGGGGCAUAUCUCCUCUGUGUCGAUUUCACGCCUUGCGGCAACACCAAAUGUGCCGUUUUGGAAGCACUUCACUGUCGACAAAAGGCACGCGAGGACGCGCCCUGUGACUGA